GAGCAGAUGGCCAAAGAUCCACGGCGCAAGGUGGCAUUGAAAAUCGAGCGGGGACGCCGCGAAGCCGCCGAAGCCUACAUGCAGGGCGGCAAGGUUGGAGAAGACGCGGAGCCGAAGAAAAGCAGCAAGCAAAAGGCCAUUCCGAUGGUGGAGUUCAUGGCCGAGGAUUGCACCAUUGACAACAAGGAGGGGGUGGAAGUGGUCGAUGUGCUUGCGAUCCAGCGAAGAUGCCAGGGCUUGGGGCACCAUCAGAGUGUCGAUGAGAUGCUGCAGCUCCGACGGUGGCAGGAGAAAACACAGAAGCCCAAGAACAGCUCCUUGAGAAGCGGCGGCUCUACGGGCAAGCUCGAGGCAGAGUCCUGCCGCUGGCUCUUCUCCAGCUCGGCACUGGGUGCUGUCUCACUGGAG